CAUGGCCACGCUGCUGCUGGGCGUGGCGCUGCUGGCGGCACAGCUCCAGCUUGUGCCUUCCCGCCCAGGCAGCGCGCCCUGGGCGGACCCCGGAGCCCAGGAGCCGGUGUGGAAAGCAGCCACCCUGCUGGACCAGGCCCCCCCGGAUGGCGCUGUGGCCCCCAACGGCUCUGCCAGGCAGCUCCCGCACACCAUCAUCAUCGGCGUGCGCAAGGGCGGCACCCGUGCGCUGCUGGAGAUGCUCAGCCUGCACCCCGACGUGGCGGCCGCCGAGAACGAGGUGCACUUCUUCGACUGGGAGGAGCACUACCGCCAGGGCCUGGGCUGGUACCUCAGCCAGAUGCCCCUGUCCGCCCCGCACCAGCUCACCGUGGAGAAGACCCCCGCGUACUUCACGUCGCCCAAAGUGCCUGCGCGGGUGCACGGCAUGAACCCGGCCCUGCGGCUGCUGCUCAUCCUGCGGGACCCGUCGGAGCGCGUGCUGUCGGACUACACGCAGGUGCUGUACAAUCACGUGCAGAAGCGCAAGCCCUACCCGUCCAUCGAGGAGGUCCUGGUGCGGGGCGGCCGGCUCAACGUGGACUACAAGGCGCUCAACCGCAGCCUCUACCACGUGCACCUGCGCAACUGGCUGCGCUUCUUCCCGCUGCACCGCAUCCACAUCGUGGACGGCGACCGCCUCAUCAGGGACCCCUUCCCCGAGAUCCAGAAGGUGGAGCGGUUCCUGAGGCUGUCCCCUCAGAUCAACGCCUCAAACUUCUACUUCAACAAGACCAAGGGCUUCUACUGCCUGCGGGACGGCGGGCGGGACCGCUGCUUGCACGAGUCCAAAGGCCGGGCGCACCCCCAGGUGGACCCCAAACUCCUCCAUAAACUGCACGAGUAUUUCCACGAGCCGAACAAGAAGUUCUUCGAGCUCGUGGGCAGGACCUUUGACUGGCACUGAUUGGCAAUAAGCUAGGCUCCGAACCUUUUCCGAUACUGUAAGUUCUGGUGUGUACAUCUUAGGGGGUGGGGAGAAGACGUUUGAAAAGGCAUUUAAGCUAUAAUUUAUUUGUAAGAUCCAUAAAUGACUUCUGUACAGUAUUAGAUUCACAAUGGCCAUAUAUACUAGGUAUAUUUUUCUACUUGUUAAAUCGAGGGCAUUUUGUAUUGUUUUUUCAUGGUUGUUAACAUUGUGUAAUAUUAUGUCUCUAUAUGAAGGAACUAAAAGAUCUCACUGCAAAAAAAGAAAUGAUAAUAAAUUCUGGAGACGCUGUCUUUUUGGAAUAUAA